GCUCCAGCACAGCACCGCGCGGCACAGCAUCGCAGGACACAUACGCGCGGAGAGGAGAGGACCGAGAGAGGAGCGGCGAGCCUGCGUCAGCACCGCCGCUCGCGUACCAAGCCAACCGGCCCAAACCAACCAGCCCGUGCGUGCGCGCGCGCGUGCGUGCGUCCGUGUGUCCACAGACACAUCCGACGGCCAGCGGUUUAACCUUUGCGCUCCGGGGUGUGGAUUUACUGUGGCGUCUGCUGCAGCUGAAAGGAGGCUGACCGGAGCCGGGGGAGCCACGGCAGCGGGGAGGUGAGGCGCGGAGGGGUGAGUCAGCCGAGGGGGAGACACCCGCCCGGACCCCCGGACCCCGCCCGCCCCGCCGGAGCCACCCGACGGUCCCAGCUGUCAUCCAGAGAUCCCAAUAAUGGAAGAGAAGAUCAACCUGGUGAAGAGUGAAUGAAAGAAAUAUAGAGGAAAGGAAAAAAGGACAAGCAAGCAGGGCAGGAGGCAAAGAAGGGGAGAGACAAGACCUGAAAAAAAGCAACGGAAAGGAAAGGGGGGAGGGUGGGAAAGAUGUGAAGAGAUGCAUGGAAAGGAGGAGAGACAGAGUUGAGGACAGAUAGAAACAGGAAGUGCCAGAGGGAGGACGCACACACAAAGUCCCGAGCAAUUGGAGCAGAGCGGACGGACCACGGGACUGAGGGGCUGGGAGCUGGGUGGGCAAAGCGAGGAACGAAGCAUCUGGAUGGUCGCCACGGCGACGGCCGGCAGGUUACCCUCCACCCGAAGAUGGCCUCCAACUUCAACGACAUCGUCAAGCAGGGCUACGUGCGCAUGCGCAGCCGCAAGCUGGGGAUCUAUCGACGUUGCUGGCUGGUGUUCAAGAAGUCCUCGAGCAAAGGCCCCCGUCGUCUGGAGAAAUACCCCGAUGAGAAGUCUGCCUACAUCAGAGCCUUUCCUAAGGUGACAGAGAUUAGCAACGUCAAGAACAUCACGCGGUUGCCUCGAGAUACCAAGCGACAGGCGGUGGCCAUUGUGUUUACCGACGACACCGCACGCACCUUCACCUGUGAAUCAGAGCUGGAGGCAGAGGACUGGUUUAAGACGCUGUCAAUCGAGUGUCUGGGCACACGGCUCAACGACAUCAGCAUGGGAGAGCCGGACCUCCUGGCUGCAGGAGUGCAGUGUGAACACACAGAGCGCUUCAACGUGUUCCUCCUACCGUGUCCCAACCUGGACAUCUACGGGGAGUGCAUGAUGCAGAUCACCCACGAGAACAUCUACCUGUGGGACAUUCACAACCCUCGCACCAAACUGGUCACGUGGCCGCUCUGCUCCCUGCGGCGCUACGGACGCGACGCCACCCGCUUCACCUUCGAGGCCGGGAGGAUGUGUGACAGCGGUGAAGGGCUCUACACCUUCCAGACCAGAGAGGGAGAGCAGAUCUACCAGAGGGUCCACUCUUCUACGCUGGCCAUCGCAGAGCAGCACAAGAAGGUCCUGCUGGAGAUGGAGAAAAACAGCAGGUUGAUGUCCAUGGGUUCAGAGCCUUGCUCCUACCCCUGCACCCCCACCGCCAUCCUGCCCCGAUCCGUCUACUGGCACCACAUCACUGGAAACCAGAGCAGCGGUGAUGCUGCUGAGGACGACCUGCUGUCCACCCGCCUACCACUGGACCACCAUGCCACGCUGCCCCUGGCACACGCACACUCCCAGCCUCACAUACGCACACAGUCACCGACACACUACCCCACCUACCCUAGACAGUGACACACACACAUACACACACAUGCACGGAAGAAGAUACGGACGUAGAGAAGAAAAGCAAGGACAAACCAAACAAGUGUGGAUACAUGCAUGCAGGCCCAAAAAAAACCACACACAAUGACUGAGAGAAAGACGUGUUGUCUCCUCCUUAUUUAAGUUUGAGAGCCAAGCGACACACCUCGCUGGCCAACAGAACAUGCUGAAUGCACGAGGGGGAAAAACUAAAUCCAGUGAAAGAAUGCAAGAAAAUAGUGCUUCCUUACAUGACUGCAGCUCCUACGAUUCCACAGGGGCAGGAGAGAGGGGGGAGGGGAG